AAACAGAAAAUAACAGAGAGCUCGCUAAAUGCCGCGCGCUGCUAGCGAGCUGUGUAAAUAAUCAUUUAUACCAAAUAUGAAUCUUCGCUUUCUUCUCUUGUGGUGUUAAGUAUGUUUAAACAAUGGGCCGUUUGACUUCAGCCCUGGAUAACAUGCAGUGAAGUUUGGUGGGUGACUGUUUACAGUAGCUUGGCUAAUAAUCUCGGCUUUGCUCUUUUCCAGCUGGAGAGGCUCCGUCAUGUUGUUAUUGUCGAGCCACUGCUGCUAGUCCGGGCUGAAAAUGGUAAAGCGAGGUUAUCGUCUGAGAGUCAGCUAGCACAAAGAGUGUAAAUUAAGUCUGGGAAGAUCAUUCCACGGCGCUGACUGCGUAAGCUGUCUUCCCUUGGGCGUUGGCGAGGUUUUUCAGUCCCGCGUUUCGGUUUCCUGAGCCCAGGCUGGCUCAGAUCAGCUGUCACUCCGGUCACUCUGAGCUGUCACCAUGCCUGGCAUGGUCGUGUUUGGUCGGCGGUGGGGAAUCGCCAGUGAUGAUCUUGUGCUGCCAGGAGCCUUCGAGCUGUUCAUUCGAGUCCUGUGGUGGAUUGCUACCGUAGUCCUCUAUGCCACACACAAAGGAAAGUUUGAUUGUCAUGGUGGAGCUGUUUUGCAUAGCUACAUUGUUGUCCUCCUCAUCCUGCUUGCAGUCAUUAUCUUAACCUUAUGUGCAGUUGUUUACGUCAGUGCUCAAGGAACCAUAAUGAAUCCAGGUCCACGACGCUCAAUGCCAGUCCUGGUAUAUCUUCGUGCAGUCCUUUACAUCCCUGAGUUUGUUUGGGCCUGUCUUGGAGCCGUCUGGGUAUCUGAUAGCAGCGGAGGAUGUGAACCAGCAGAAAUUGGUCUUGUAAUCGGUGCUGUGGUUGCUAGCUGGAUCAUCUUGUUGUCCAUGAUUUUGGGCUUGUUGAUAGUCUUUGACCCGUUGGGCAGCCUGCGACGGCCAACCCUGAUUGGCGAAGCCUCGGGCCUAAGAGAUCUGCAGAGUAGCGAGUCCUCGCAGCUCUUUUACACUGCACGCUCGCUAGCGGUGCGUGUGUGGGAGAGUCGGCUGCGCCUGCUGUGCUGCUGCCUGCCUCAGGAUGAUAACCACAGAGCGGCCUUCUCCAGCAUCUCCCAGCUUGUCAGCGGCUUCUUCUCGGACACAGACCUGGUGCCCAGUGACAUUGCUGCAGGCCUGGCCCUUCUGCAUCAAGAGCAGGAUAAAAUGGAGCACUGCAGAGACCCUGAUGAUGUCAUACCCCACAGCCCAUCAUCCCCCAUAAGAGAAGACUUGGAGGUAGAGCUUGAGAAAGCUGCACAUUUUAUGCAGUUUGCUGUUGCUGCAUAUGGGUGGCCCUUGUAUGUGUACUCAAACCCUCUUACUGGAUUGUGCAAACUCAGUGGUGACUGCUGUCAUAACCGUAAUACAGAGUCUGACCUGGUUGGAGGAGACAACUUCGGCUGUAAUUUUAGCUCUAUCUUGCAUGUCACUGGACUACAGUACCGAGACUUUAUUCACAUUAGCUUCCAUAAUCAGAUAUAUGAGAUCCCAUUCUUUGUUGCACUGGAUCACAAAAGGGAGGCUGUGCUGGUUGCUGUGAGGGGAACAUUGUCACUAAAGGAUGCAUUGACAGACCUUUCGGCAGAAUGUGAAAAUCUGCCAGUUGAAGUCGUGUCAGGAGCCUCUUAUGCACACAAGGGCAUAUCUCAAGCAGCCAAUUACAUUUAUAAGAAGCUUGUCAAUGAUGGCAUCUUGAGCCAGGCUUUCAGCAUUGCACCUGAGUACAGGCUGGUCAUCACAGGUCACAGUCUUGGUGCAGGAACAGCGUCUCUCCUGGCAGCACUGCUGCAUAGUACUUACCCCACUUUGAAGUGCUAUGCUUUUUCACCACCAGGGGGCCUCAUGAGUAAAGCGCUUGCUGAGUACUCCAAGCAGUUUGUGAUCUCUGUGGUUCUGGGAAAAGAUCUGGUCCCCAGAUUGAGUAUCCCAAACAUGGAAGACUUGAAGAGGAGAAUAUUGAAAAUGGUGUCUAAUUGUAAUAAACCCAAGUACAAGAUUCUUUUACAUGGCUGCUGGUAUGAGGUGUUUGGGGGAACUCCAGAUGACUUCCCCACAGAAAUGGAGAACCGGAGGGAGGAGGCAUUAAACCAACCACUACUUGGAGAGGAGAGCUUAUUGGUGCCGGGCUCCACUUCCUAUCAUAGCAUUUCUUCAGAUGACUCCCCCACCCACCCCACCCACCUGCCCCUAUUUCUGCCUGGACGCAUCAUAUACAUCACAGAAGAAGGGCCCUCACGCAGACACUGCUUCUCCCAGGUGCGGUACCGUGCAGAGUGGUCCAACGAGACCGCGUUCCACAGUGUGCUGAUCAGUCCACGUAUGGUCGCUGACCAUAUGCCCGACGUGGUCCACCGAGCCCUGUGCAGCCUCACCAGCGACCGGCCAUUCUCCCUCUGCCCCUCCUCCCACAGCAACAGUCACCUGAAUGUCAUCUGAGCUCCAACUGCCUUGAGCUUGGAUCCUGAACUGACUGUGGCACUGAAUGCACAAAUAGGCUACAGGAAGCUUCUCUGAUUAAAAACUCCUCUUCCCCAGUCCUGACCUUCUCGAGCAUUUCAGCUCAUUCUGAUUUUAUUUAUUUUUUUAAUUUGCUAUGUUUGCAGCACUGUGCGGUUCAAAUGAUACUGUAACAUAUACUGCAUUCUCCCAUCAAUCAGACUAAUGUGUGUUGUUUAACAGCAUUAUGCUGUGAUAUUUGUGAGAAUUCUCCUUAAUGUAUUUCUGAAAGUACAAGGUGGACAUUUAAUCCAUGUAAGGGAAAGAAACACCAGUAGUUGUGUAGCAGUGGUGUCUUGUUUGUGCUGUAUGUUUUGAAAAUCAGGGUGAGUAGUGCCUAUGCAUAGCUGGAUGUGCUACUGGAAGUGUGAAGCCUUGCUACAGAUUAGAGCAACGUACAACUCCAGCGCACCUGGAUCAGAUGCACUUUUGAUGCAUGGCACUAAUACGUUCGAUUUGCAUGGAAACAAAUGAUUAAGUCAGUUCAUUUACUCAGCCUUUCUGUCAUCAAAAGUUCUCAUCACAACAUAUUCAUUUUUCAGAAUGUCUCAAUAAAUACAUGUUGAUGAGAAACAUGUCA